AUUAUUCUUCUUUCUGUGUUAUUCUCUCUCCUCAUUUGGCUUCAAAAAGUACUAUAUUUUCUUUGCUUCCCCGAGCCUUCGUUUCAUUUGUCAGGUAAACAAAAUACGAUGUGUGGGUUUCGGGCACACACAUUGCUUCAUUUUCAGGAGCCCUCCCCCCUGCUCUGAAAAUGGCCGCCUUAUAUUUUGGUGGUCGCAUUUCCUUCGCUUUCUAAUGGGUGGUCUCGGCAUAGAGGUCGGAACCAGGCGUUGAUGGAUUCCUAGUUUCACCCUUAAAUCAUGAAAUCAGGACCAAAGGAUGGCUGGCAUUCUAUUAUGCCUCCUUGUUUCGGAGGCAAAUCGGCCACACGCUUCUGCAUAUUCCCAAAAGUGAAGUCAACAAGAUAUAGUCCAGGCAAUUCACCUGUCUAUCUGAAUGUGUACGAUUUGACACCUGUAAAUGGCUAUGUCUAUUGGGCAGGCCUGGGUAUCUUUCAUUCUGGAGUGGAAGUUCAGGGGAUUGAAUAUGCAUUUGGAGCUCAUGACUACCCAACAAGCGGUGUCUUUGAGGUUGAACCUCGGCAGUGCCCUGGCUUCAAGUUUAGAAAGUCAAUAUAUAUGGGGACAACAUGCUUAGAUCCUGUCCAGGUUAGAGAGUUCAUGGAGAGCCAGUCAGCAAACUAUAAUGGUGAUACAUAUCACUUGAUUGCUAAGAACUGCAAUCAUUUCUGUGAGGAUAUAUGUUACAAGCUGACUGGUAACCGAAUGCCAAGAUGGGUAAACAGACUUGCAAGAAUAGGUUCACUGUGCAACUGCAUACUCCCUGAGGCCCUUAAAUCUACCACUGUAUGCCAUGACCCUGACUUCCAAGAAGAUGACAAUGAAAAGAAGAAACUGAGGAGCGUCUUCAGCUGCCUGUCAUCAAUAUCCAUGCAUCAGAAGGAAGUAUCAGUGUCAUCCUUGUUUCUGCAUUCUCACUACAAGGGCUGUUUACCACCAUGGGAGUUGAAGAGGUCUAGAACUGGUUCAUUGAAGGAACAGUGAGAAAUUAUUUCUUUAUUACUUUCCGCAGUUGAAGGGAGACUGGACGUCCAUCUUGCAAUAUUGAGCUAUUGGAGGUAUGGGGUAUUCCUGCUCAUUUGCAUCCGUAAGGCCUUGGGGUAAAAUCUGUGAGUUUGUUGUUGUGGAUGUAGAAAUUGAAGGCUUCUGGUCUUCUGUCUUUGCCAACUUGUGUGGAGUUUGCUUGUUGUAUUUGAUGUUUUUUUCUUUUAAGUUAAAUCCUGCUGAUAUUAGGCUAUUAGCUUCAUUGAUAUGCAGCCACAAUUUUAUUACACACCAAGAAUCCAAAUUGAUUUCUGAAUUGUUUUAUACCA